AUGAUCACCAAUUUGUUUAAUGAUAGAGCUUCAUGUGGGGAGUGCUAUAAAAUCAUUUGUGAUUAUAAAACAAAUCCAAGAUGGUGCAUAAUAGGAAGAUCUAUUACCAUAACUGCCACUAAUUUAUGUACUCCUAAUUAUGACAUUCCAAACAACGAUGGAGGAUGGUGCAACCCACCUCUCAAGCAUUUUGAUAUGACUCAACCUGCUUGGGAAAAGAUUGGAAUCUACAGAGGUGGGAUCAUCCCCGUUUUAUUCCAAAUGGUUCCUUGCAAAAAGCAUGGAGGGGCUAGGUUCAGUGUGAAUGGGAGGGACUACUUUGAACUAGUGUUAAUCAGCAAUAUAGGUGGUGCUGGAUCAAUCCAAUCUGUGUCCAUUAAAGGCUCCAAAUCUGGUUGUUUAUUUUGA